GGUGGCGCGAUAUAUGUUUUGAAGGGGGCGUUUCACGUGCCGAAACAGGAGCUGCGACAGCACCCGUUUCUGCGCUGCCGUGUCUAGUCCAGAUGCAGUAGCUCCGCGAGAAAAAGGCUCUGUGGAUUGUACAGUGUUUACACCGGUUGGCCUUGCCUGAACAAUGCAAUUCGAGGUCGUUUCACACGAGGCUCAAAAUCCGGCAUUGAGGGACGAUAUCUCUCGUGAGAUUGUGUAUUUUCUAUAUAUGUUCGAUCGGGGGUAGAUGAGUUGGCCUGUGCGAAGAGCCGCAAACAUAUAUGCUCUCGACAACAAUUGCUCAAAUCAUGUUUAUGCCUGAAUCAGGCUCCGCCAGUAGUUGCCCUUUAACCGUUUCGACGGUGCCGGCACCCGGUAUGCGAAGUCGAAAUCUUUCGAAACUUGCUUGGCUCUAUCGUCGUCAUUGUACAGUGGAUGGAUUGGGUAACCCGACGAGACCCAAUGCUUCUAAUGGUAAGGUAUGUUCAUUUAAGUAGGACAGCAGCGUACGUCGCACGUUGUAUUAAUGGCAGAUGAUUACCUGCACGUUGCUGCUGUACUUCAGUCGGCAUCCCUCGACGACAGUAUGCAUCUUUGAUCGCACGACAUAACGACAGCGACAUAUACCAGACGUAGUCAUAUGCGGCGCCGUGCAACGGGAACUGCAGACAAAAACUUGGAGUAAUUGGCCGUUCGUCAUCGAGGAUAGAAUAGACUUCGGCACUUGAGAGGACUUGUAAUCAGAUAUGGUGAACCGAUUCCGAUUGCAGACAUUAUCCAGGGAAACGAUCAGCGAUAAUGCAAGUCAUCAACGGCCAUACGUACUGCUGUAAUCAUAGCAGCAGUAAGGACGCGUAUGCAGAUGAGCGACGUGUCUCUCCUUGCAUUCAUUUAUUCCGUUGGUUUUUAU